AAGGGGCGGGCGGGGCCGGAAGGCGCGGGCGCGGCGCAGCCCACAAGAUGGUGGCCACCAGGCGGGCGGCGGCGCGGGGCCGGGGGCAGGGGCCGCGGGCCGGGGGCGGCGGCGGCGGCGGCCGCCCCUCGGGGCCCGAGCCCGCUGGGACAGCGGAGAUGGUGUCCAAUGAAAUUAGUACUCCUGUGUCUACGGGGAUGACUAGAAGAAGAACUAAAUCAAUUCGUAAGCCAGAGGUAAUUCAGGAAUCUCAGUCUGAAGAGCUGGAACAUACAGAAGCAAAGUCAGAUGUCAGUGGUAGCUUAGAGCUGCAACUUAUUAGGAAUGAGAACACAGUUGUUAAUUCAGCACCGUCGGUUGCUGAACCACAAGCCGAUGGGGAUGUGUCAGAAACAGAAUCAAACUGCUCUGCUGUGUCAGGUCUUCAGACACCUUUGUUUGUUAGAGUAACAAGAAGACGACAAAUUGUAGUUCCUUAUCAGCCGGAUUAUCCUGACAAAAAAAGACAUGACAAAACAGCUUUUCUAAAUAAGUUAAGAAGGACUGUGGAUGAAGAUGAUGCUUCUGAAGCCGAGUCUUGUUCCUCUGCAGUUUCUGGUGUCCAGAUGCCUAAUGUUACCAGAACUACAAGAAGCAGGCAAAGCAGAAAGAAAUUGCAGGCGGAUAGAGCUUGUGAAGUCCAGAGUGAAGAUAUUUCUGAUGCAGAGUCAUGCUGUCUGAAUUCUUGUAUGGAACCGUCCGGCACUAGCAAACGAAUUACUAGGAGCAUGCAAGUGAAAUCACAAGCAGAUAAUACUAAGCAGACUGAGAAAGGAAACAAAAUUGUUUCAGAAGAUGAGAAUUUAAUUGAGGACACCAUUAAAUCUGAGCCAGUAAUAAUUUCUGAUGCUAGACCUGCUGCAAAACUUGUCUCUGACACAGAAGAUGCUUCCUCUGUCACUGAGGGUAAUAAAGAAUCCAGUUCACCUAAAAGUAAAUGUUCUUCCAAAUCUGCCGGUACAACCCAGAGUGAAGACCCGGAAGGAGUGGUUUUGAAUGAUGUGACACCCAGCAGUCCUACAGAAAUGAAACAAAGUGACAUUGAAUCACCUGGGAAAAAAGCAAUAAAAAAUAGAGAGUCGGUUGGGGUGGAUGAUUCAGAGAAAGCAUGUGGCCAAAUACAAGAACACAGUGAAAUACUUGUGAGGGAGGAGGAACUAGAGGAUAUGGAUCUUUCCCUGGCUGAUUGCAUGAGUCCCAAACAAUUUUUAGAAUCCCAAGGGCAAAUAACACCAAACAAAAAUAAAAAAAUUCUGGAAUGCGAAAGAGAAGAUGCUGAGGCAGGUGCACGGAAGUCUUUCACCUAUGCUGAUAAACCAAGAAAGGGUGAGCAACCUAGGGCAGUGAGUAGCUCACAAAAGGACAUAGCUGUUGUACAAAGUACUGAUAGCAUUGGUGGAUGCAGGAUGCUUGAAAUCAAUACGGACAGUGGUGAAGACCAAACAGGAGAACAUGCUGAAUCUGUAUUCCACAACUCUGAAAGUUCAAGCACUGGAAACAGUUCUCUUGUAUUGUUUCUGAGCAAAGAUGAAAGUGAUGAAUCUGAAAAUAGUGAUGUACUGUCCGUAAAUACAGUUGAAGAGGAACUGUGUUACAACGAAGCAGAUGAGAGGACUCCUUCCCUCAAAAAAUCUUCGAACGGUUCACUGCAUGCUGAAGGGCUUUUUGUAAUUGAUACUGAGCCUGGCAUGAGUUCCAGCCAGAAGUAUUAUCUAGAUCAGGUAGACCAAGAUAGUGAUGCUGAUAGUAAGCACGAAGGAAGUGAAAAAGGUGAAGAAUCCUCAGAUCUGGAAGAUGCUGAAGAGGAAUUGAUAGAUGAAGAUAAGAAGGAUGAAGAUGAUGAUUUAUUGAAAACUAAGAUUGACGUUUUACAUCUUUCCAGCAGCAUAGACCCUGGUUUGAAUAUCAAGAAGCUUGGAGGUUUAUAUAUUAGUUUUGACGCAAAAAAACAGAAGCCUGAAUCAAGUGUAAUUAAACAACUGAAGGAGAAAAAGAAGGACCAGCUCUUGCAGAAGAGUGUAAUAACUCCAGAUUUUGAAAAAAAGGAGUGUGUCCCACCCUUCAGGGAGUCACUACACCAACUGAAGAAACAGCGCAGGGCAGAGCGAGAGAAAACAACAGGUGACGGUUGGUUUGGUAUGAAAGCCCCAGAAAUCACAAGUGAACUGAAAAAUGAUCUAAAAGUUUUGAAGAUGAGAGCUUCAUUGGACCCUAAGCAUUUUUAUAAGAAGAAUGAUAGAGAUGGUCUACCCAAGUACUUCCAGGUUGGAACUGUGGUUGAUUCUCCUAUAGACUUUUACCAUAGUCGAAUCCCUAAGAAACAAAGGAAGAGAACAAUUGUUGAAGAGCUGCUUGCAGAUUCUGAGUUUAGAAGGUAUUUAAAAACAGUUUGUCCCAAUGCAAAGUCCGCCUUCCCCUUCGGGCAGCAGAUGGAGCUGCUGCACGAGAAACAGGACAGCUGUCAGUUCGUGAUCGAAGGAGAUGGGGCGUCUGAGGCAAAACCAACAGAUCAGAUUGACCUUUGCUGA